CCCGACGCCAACGAACACGAGAAGAGGCUUCCUCCACAUCCAGAGCAAGAACCAGGAAGUAUACACAUGGAGGGUGUGUCGUUCCCUGCCAGUGAAUGUUUUAUUUUUAAAAACACAGUCCUCCUCCUCGGAUAAAUAAUGGGAGACUCGGCGAGGACCAAGCGGCGGGAGCAGCUGAAGCGCUGGGCCGGCUCAUGCACCAACAAAGCGUCGGCCGUGCCCAGGCGGAGGUGGCGGGGCGAUGCCGAGAACGGAGCAGGGGAGCCGGAGGCCCAGUUUAGCGACCCGCCUAGGGACCAGCCAGUGUGUGUAGGCAUAGAUGAAAUCAGUCCCCUUCUCAAACGACGGAAACGGGUGAGGUUUGACAGGGCUGCAGAGUUCCUGGCCGCCUGUGCCAGCGGAGACACAGAAGAGGCCCAGUUGAUGCUGAAGGAGGCCAAAGAAACCAAAACAAGGAAUGGGGAGGAUGUGGCAGAAAUUAUCAACUGUUCCAAUGCCGAUGGAAUAACUGCCCUCCACCAGUCCUGCAUAGAUGGCACCAUGGAGAUAGUGUCCUUCCUGUUGGAACACGGUGCCAACAUCAACCAGGUUGAUAGUGAGGGAUGGACACCGCUGCAUGUUGCUGCCUCCUGCGGGUACCGUGACAUUGCAGAUUUUCUUAUGCUGGAAGGUGCAUCUCUCUCUGCUGUGAACUGUGAUGGUGAUGUUCCACUGGACAUUGCUCUGGACGAGAGCACUGAGUCCCUCCUUCAGGGUUACUCUCUGAGACAGGGUGUGGACUUGGAGGCAGCGAAGCGGCUGGAGGAGGAACAGAUAAUGACGGACGCCCGGAUCUGGCUAACUGAGGCCCCACCCGCUGAUGUAAGACACCCCAGGACCGGGGCCACCCCACUGCAUGUGGCUGCAGCCAAAGGCUAUCUAGAGGCUCUCAAGAUACUGUGUCAGUGUGGGCUGGAUGUGUCAGCUACGGACUUUGAUGGCUGGACGCCUCUCCAUGCUGCAGCACACUGGGGUCAGGGGGAGGCCUGUUGCAUCCUUGCUGAACAGCUCUGCAAUAUGGAGGCUCGAAGUAAUGCGGGUCAGACACCAUUUGAUGUAGCGGAUGAAAGCAUUGAGGAGCUCCUGGAGGAGUUAUCAAAGAAACAAGCAAAUUCUAUAUUGGACAGGCAAAACCAACAAGGCUCCACCGCUGCAAACGCACCAAGCAAACGGCGGAGGAGCUCAGUGUGCAGGAUGAGUAGUAAAGAGAAGAUGAAUGUGCAGGACCAGUCUAAAGAGAGGGGUGUUUCGGGAAGCCUGGAGAUGAGUGAGGAGAAAGAGGGCAGCCCUGAAAGCUACACCGUGUCCAGUCCAGAGAGUGUGACCACAGCAAGCCCUGCUGACAAGACACCAGAGGAGAAAGGCGAGGAGGAGCAUGAUCAGGACAAGGCGAACCGCACUGCCAGAGUCCAACCAACCCCUCAGACGAGGGAGGCGGCGGCCGAGAGCCCCAACACCCCCAACACUGACAGGCGCAAGUUCCAGGCUCCAGUCAGAGACGAAGAGUCUGAGUCUCAGAGGAAAGCUCGCUCUCGGCUGAUGCGGCGGUCUCGCCGCUCCACACAGGGUGUGACUCUGACGGACCUGAAAGAAGCAGAGAAGACUGUCCCUAAAGCUGCAGAUCCACCGCCUCGCAACAUCCAGCCUGUCAGCCCCAUCGUUACUGUCACACCUGCUGAAAGGGAUACAGACCUGGUGAACGAGGUGGAGCUGGAGGGAGAGAAGCGUCUGGGAGUGAAGGACAGGAGGAGAGGGAGGAGGGAGCGACGCUCCACUGGCAUCGUUCAGCCCAGCGGAGAGAAUGAAAAUGACGAUGAUCAUUUGGAAGAUACAAACAGUAAUACCUACAAUGAGAGUCAACUGGGGGACUUAUCAGCUGACUACAGAACGCUGUACUUAAAAGUUCUGCAGGAGAACCUGGCGCUUAAGGAUGAGCUGCAAGAAAAGGAGCUGCUGCUCAGCCAAAACAAAGUGGAGCUGGAGAGACUCCAACAGAGUCAAGAGUGCAGCACAGACAGACCGGCUCUCCUGGAACUGGAGAGAUUUGAGAAGUUGGCCCUCCAGAGGAAAGCAGUGGAACUGGAGGAUGAGCUGAAGGUUCUGGGGGAUCUCAGAUCAGACAACCAGAGGCUCAAGGAUGAGAAUGCCGCCCUCAUUCGAGUCAUCAGCAAACUCUCGAGAUAAAUCUUCAAAAAAAACUACAUGGAAAUAAAUAGUAUUACUGGAUUUCUUCUUUUGCCAAACUCAGAAGACACAAAUCGGGAAUGGAGACGGCAGCAUCGAACACCUGCACAUCACGUUCUACAGUAACUGGAACACGUAUAGAUUUCAGGGUUAUUAGCCUGUGUUUGGGCCUUUAUGUUUUGGCAGAUCUACUGUAUAACAAGCUGAACUGCACCGCCUGUGGACUGACGGGACAUUCCUGUUUACAUCCACUUUUAUAUUCAGUCUUCAUUGUUGUAUUUUUUUAACUGGAAUAUUUUAAUGUGCUUUGCUCCUCCGAAACUUUGUAUAAAAUCUGUAUCAAGAGACUUUAAGCCAUGCACAGUGCUAGACUUACCGUAAAUGUGCCAAAAACAGCCCCAGUUUUGCAUGUCCUUUGGAGAAAACUCCAGGUGGUCAGUGUUGUUUCUCAGGAUGAGUCUUGGGUGGAUGCUUUCUGUUUUGGCUGACUACUAGUGGACCAAAUUUGCAUGCUUGUUUCUCCCUGCUCCUCUGAAUGUAUAUUUAAUAUGUAUAUUUAUGUAUAGGGGCCAUCUGUUCUGACAGUGAUGUAAAGGAAGUAGUUGUGGACUCUGUUGUAUAAAGUACGGUUCUGGGUGCUUAUCAUAGAAGUCAGGUGCAGCUCAUGUUCAGAGGGAUUUUUACAGAAUAUGUUUGUUACAAAUGUCAGAUCUUUUCAAGAGCUUGAGGAGAAUGCAUAGCUUUAUCCCGCUACCAUUAGUACUGUAAGUCAGUAGUAAUUUUGCUUCACCAUUUUGACUGGAUGCCUCUGAAAGCAACGACCCCUAAGCUAAGUAUUCACCCUGUGAUGGACGGCUGUUAGUUAAAAGACAGGCCAGAUGGGUCAACAUUUGAAUGUUUACUCCAAUUUUAAAGAAAAAACUUGCAUGUCAAAUUGUAUUUUGAUGCUGUGCCUUUCAAUAUACAUUUUUAGUAAUAUUUCUAUUUUGCUUUGGCAAAUGUAUAAAAUACAGGCUGGGUAUAAAUUUAUUAAGGCUCUGGUUUUUCUUUUACAAAUUACUGUAACUUGUCUGACUUUUUUUCCUCAAAGGGUAGUAUGUUUUUUUUUUAAAGUUGAUACAGCGGUAUACAGUAUGUAAAGAAUGCUUAAUGUGUAGAUAAGAAAUAUUGCUUGGCUCUAUAGCCCGGACAAUAUAUUUGCUGAUUUUAGUUUAUUGCAUGUAUAUAUUUUUGGCGAGUAUGUCGGCCAAUAAGUAAUGUGUUGCAUACUGAAAUGUCUGUCCUCAAAACAGUCUUGAUAGCAUUUUACAAGGUAAAACAAGUCUCAGUAUAGCGUGUUGAAAAAGUCCUAAAGCGAAUGUCCUAAAAUCAAUUGUAUAGUAGAACAAAAAAUGUGACUGUAUACUAUAAUGAAACGCAGCACCUUUUGUUAGAUCGUCCCUGUUAUUAAUGCCCACAUCCUUCAAACACGCUUCCAGCUUGUAACACAGGCUUUGAGUUAUAAAUGUUUAGUGUUAAAGACAAAGCUCAGACAACCCUGAUGACAUCAUCGUGGUCAUUUUCUUAGAUCAGACUCUAAAGACACAGACAACAUUAUCUAGCUGUUUGCACCAGCAGAGUACUCCUCAAGCUGGUUGGUGUGUAACAUCCCUUCAUUCACACAGUAAAAUAAGUAAAAGUUCUUACUUAUUUGCAAAACACCAGCGCUGGAGGCCAAGUUCAGCAAAAUCUUUAUUGGUUGAGAAGAGCAAUCACAAAUGAUAGAAUAUACAACCCCACCAGCAUGCCAGUGUUUUCAUAGAAACUGUACAAUGUGAAGGAAUGUAUGGAGCAGGAAUACAUGGUCGUCAUUAUCAGAAGAAACAAACAAAAAAAAAAUGUACAUCCAUAAGUUCUGGUACAGUACGAGUUGAUUUCAAUGAAAUGUUUCUGGUCAGUUGCGUUUAAAAACCCUCAAUAAAUAUUAAGCAUGU